CCGCCAUAGCCCGAUGCGCGUGCGCGCCGCCCAUUGGCCGCCGUCGCCGCCCGUCACGCGCCGCCCUGCGCGGAGCUGCGCGGCGCCCUCGCUGCCUGCGUCUGGCGGCGGCUGCGGGGCCGGUGCGGGCGGAGUGCGGCCCGCGCGCUCGCUCCCUGCCGCGCUCGCUAAGAUGGCGGCGGCGGCGGCGGCGGCCGUGGCGCGGCUGGAGGGCCGCGAGUUCGAGUACUUGAUGAAGAAGCGCUCGGUGACCAUCGGCCGCAACUCGUCGCAGGGCUCGGUGGACGUGAGCAUGGGCCACUCCAGCUUCAUCUCCCGCCGCCACCUCGAGAUCUUUACCGCCGCGCCCCCGCCACCGCCGCCCGGCGCCGACGGGCCCGCGCCCCCCGCCCCGCAUGGGGACCCGGCGGCGGCCGGCGGGGACUUCUACCUGCGCUGCCUCGGCAAGAACGGCGUCUUCGUGGACGGCGUCUUCCAGCGGCGGGGGGCGCCGCCGCUGCAGCUGCCGCGAGUCUGUACUUUCAGGUUUCCCAGCACAAACAUCAAGAUAACAUUCACAGCUCUGUCCAAUGAAAAGAGAGAAAAACAGGAGUCCCCGGAGUCCCCAGUGAAGCCUGUGCAGCCCCAGAUCUCUCCCUUAACAAUAAACAUUCCAGACAACAUGGCUCACCUGAUCAGCCCUCUCCCUUCUCCCACAGGAACUAUCAGUGCUGCAAAUUCCUGCCCAUCUAGCCCCCGCGGUGCAGGCUCUUCAGGGUACAAAAUGAGUCGUGUAAUACCAUCUGACCUACAUUUAAUGGCUGACAAUUCGCAGUCAGAAAACGACAAGGAAGCAUCGGGUGGAGAUAGCCCAAAGGAUGACUCUAAGCCACCUUACUCCUAUGCACAGCUAAUAGUACAAGCAAUUACGAUGGCACCUGAUAAGCAGCUUACACUAAACGGAAUUUAUACGCACAUAACUAAAAAUUAUCCAUACUACAGGACAGCGGACAAGGGCUGGCAGAAUUCAAUACGUCACAAUCUCUCUCUGAAUCGUUAUUUCAUCAAAGUACCGCGUUCCCAGGAAGAACCAGGCAAAGGCUCAUUCUGGAGGAUAGACCCUGCCUCUGAAAGCAAAUUAAUAGAGCAGGCUUUUAGGAAAAGGCGGCCUAGGGGAGUACCUUGCUUUAGAACCCCUCUGGGACCACUCUCUUCUAGAAGUGCCCCAGCAUCUCCUAAUCACUCUGGAGUGUUGUCUGCACACUCCAGUGGUGUCCAGACCCCCGAGAGUCUGUCCAGGGAAGGAUCUCCAGUCCCCAUGGAACCUGAGCCCAGUGCUAUCCAGCCAAAACUAGCAGUAAUACAAGAAGCGCGAUUUGCACAGAGUGCCCCAGGAUCACCUCUAUCUAGCCAACCGGUUUUAAUUACUGUACAACGGCAGCUACCACAAACUAUUAAACCCGUCACCUACACUGUUGCAACCCCUGUGACAACAUCGACAUCCCAGCAGCCCGUAGUUCAGACAGUUCAUGUUGUCCACCAGAUACCAGCUGUGUCUGUCACCAACGUGACGGGAUUAGCACCAGCAAACACCUACACUGUAGCUGGACAGGCAGUAGUCACGCAAGCUGCAAUGGUGACUCAGCCAAAGGCAGAACCUCAAGAGAAUGGAGACCACAAGGAAGUAAAAGUUAAAGUGGAGCCUAUACCCGCUAUUAGCCAUGCUACAAUCGGAGCUGCUAGCCGUAUCAUUCAGACAUCUCAGACCACACCCCUACAGACAGUGACUAUAGUGCAACAGGCACCUCUAGGUCAACACCAGCUACCCAUAAAAACUGUAACGCAGAACGGAACGCACAUAGUCCCCAUCACCACUGCGAUACAAGGGCAGGGCAACGCUGCUGCUGCGAGUCCUUUGCAUAUGUUAGCAACACACGCCUCCGCAUCGGCAUCUCUUCCGACAAAGCGCCAGAACGGAGACCAGUCGGAACAGCAGGAACUCAAACGUAUCAAAACAGAAGAUGGAGAGAGCAUAGUCAUAGCUGUUAACAUGGACACCCCCGCUGUGGCAGUGAGCGAUAAAGGCAGCCAGAACUAGAAACUUAGGGAGUUUUCUUUUUUUUGAAAAAACCAAACUCCGUGGUGCCAAAAGGAGACACUUAAAUACAACACCUAAAACGUUGGAACAUGUUCUCACGCAGUGGGGAAAGGGGCCCUGUGAUCAGACUUCAACUUUCAGCACUGAAAAAAAACAAAACCCAACACAGGUGGCCUUAAAACUCGGUAAUUUAAACUGUAAACCAUCUUGUUCCAGGCUGUGACCCCACUCCUCCCUGCCCCUGCGGAACUGCGCGCUGAGAAAUGCAGCAUCGGGGAGGGCUGCAGCUUUAACGAAUCUCUCUCAGAUUAUUGUAAGGACUGAGUAUCUCAGUGUAACGGCAGCAUGAUAGCGCUUAGUGUGAACUGGUUUCAAACGAUUGUAUAUUCCUCAAAGGGAACAGAGGCGCGGAGCCAUUUCCUACAUCUUGGCAGCUAGCCUUUCCUAACGACCGACCUGAUGCAGUUGUUGGUAGAUAUGCAGUAUUUUGUUGUUCACAUGUGGAAUUAGGAAUUUUUGAGGUGUAUUUUCAUUUCUUUGCAAAACAAUGGGGUCUUUGACAUUUCAAAUCACUCCAUUUCUACUCCAGAAACCUUGGAAUCACACAAUACUUUUCAUGUGAAAUUUUGUUUGGUAAAAAACUGAAUGUAGGGUUUUUUUAACCGAUGGAAUGAUUUACUUUUGUCUGUCCUGUUAAAGUUCAGAUAAAGCUACUUUAUUACAUCUGCAAAUUUUCAUAUUUUAGCAGUUGCCUGAUAAAAUUUAAUCAAAUUUUAUUACCAUGUGUAGUGAUCAAACGCUUCUUUGGGCUUGCAUGUAACUGAUUAGAAACUACGAUGUAAAUGAGCCGUUAACUGACGUAAAGAACUGCUAUGAAUUUGACCAGAGCUGCACUUACCUGUUUCUCUUUCUGCUACCUUUUGCUGUAUGUUACUUUGUGUUGACUUUGACUGUCCCUGGCAUAUUUUUCCAGUCUAAAGUAAAACAAGAGUCUCGCUUAAUAUUGUGUAUGUUUAAGAUAACAGACUGUUCUUCAUUUAGACAGAUGAAAUUCUUUAUCACGAGUCCUUUUAAAAAGAGAGUAAAAAUUAUCUUGUCAGAGGUAUAUUCGAUAUUUUUAAGCGUAAGCACCCAUCAGUAGGAACAAAUCCGACCAGUUUCUCCGUAACGCAUCUGAUGUCGGACAGGGGCCCUGGGUCUCGCUCAGAGAAGCUGUUGGGGUUUUUCAAACAGUGGCUUCUGUGUUAUUAGAACAACUCUUUAUUUUUUUUUUUAAGUGUGUGUUCUGCAGUUGAACAUUUGAAAAUGUAUCAGUAACUUCUCACUUUAUUGUGGUAAUAGAUUCCACUUUACAUUUCAGAAUUAAAUUGUAACGUGAGGCUGCUGUUCAGUCUUUAAUUCACGGAAUGUCUUAUUCCCUCGCAUGGUAAGGGGAGAGAAAGCUCGAGGCUGCUUCAUUCAAAUCUGAUUUUCAUCAUUUUCUGUAAUAACAAUGCAUUAUUUAUAUUUCCUUUCCUGCUACGAAAGGAAAAAAUCCUUUAUUCUCAUGGUGGACUGAACAGUUUGAGUGGUUUAUUUAGGCAGCUUUUGGGAACUAUUUACCUAAAGACCAAAUACGAGAAAUCUGUACAAGUUUUGUGUUCAUCCACAAAAUGGAACUGUUACGAUGUCUCUGCAGAUAAAACAGAUUAAAAACGAUGAAAGAAAACUCUACACAGGCUGAAUUUAUAACAGGCAUUUAAAAAAAAAAGCAUAACCUGAAAAGAAACAUUUCUGUAAAACUGCAACGUUUUCUUUAGAGGUUUUAAAAAUAAAAAAGUAAAGUUUUAACAUACUUUUUUUAAGGAAAAAAAAAAAAUCCAGUACUAGUAAUUUAAUUUGGUGUUGAAUGAAUUGACUAGAAUGUGGUUUAUUUUCAGAAGUGAGAAUCUGUUCACAACUAGGGCUUAGGAGAACAAUAGUGUAUCAGAGUUUUUUAAAUAAAAUUAAAUUUUAUUCAGCAAAUUAACAAAGUUGACAUUCCUGCACAGUGUGUUUGACAGAGCUAUGGCUCUCGGGGGUCACUAAUGCAAUUGAUGUUGGCAGUGCCGCAGGAGAGGGGGUCGGAGCGGUCCUGGCUGUCCGAUGUCGUGCUGCGCGCGGGGAGAGGGGAGCAUGCUGGGGGCCCUGGUUCGCAGGGGGGUGGUGGCCCAGCGCCUCUGUUGGAGGAGUGAUGAGAGAGAACUGCUUCCCGGCUGAUAGGAACCACCCGUGCUUCCCUGUGCUCGUGGUGCUGCUGAGGCUGCGCCUGCGGGGUCACCUCCAGGGCUGGUGGCGUGCACAGAGCUCUGUGCGGCACCUGGGCCGUACGGCAGCGAGUGGAUCUGGUGUUGAAAUGCAGCCAUUCCGUUUGCUGAUGUGUUUGUGUGCUCCUGCUGUUGGUGCGGUGCUGGGCACACACGCAAAGGCUGGAGGAGACUCCUGCCACUGCUGUGACGCCUGCUGUCCGUGGGAGCUUUCCUUUGGAGAGGGCAGUUCAGGUGAUGCUGUACGGAGGAGUCUGAACUCUCUUCAGAUGGGAAUUACCCUUUGCCAUCACCCGCUGUGUUCUGUGGUGUGUGGAAUCGCUGCCUUUUGUGCUCCUCCCAGGCUUUGUUGCCUUUCUUUCAUUUAAAGUCAGCUUUUCUGUCAUCUUUAAAGUGACUUUGAAGAAGACUCGGAACCUGCAGAAGACCCAAGCGUGUGCCUGCAGAGCGUCCCUCUCCAUUGCCAGUGGGUCCUGUCCUUCUUCCAUGAGAUCCCUCCCUGUCCAUAUCUGACCCGGCUGUGGCAGCACCACACAUCCCAGCAGGGCUUGAAGGGGUCCAUGUUCCUGCCUGUGGAUGCGAUGGUUCUGUCUUCGUGUUGGUAGCGGGAACAGCAGCCACAGGGAAUCGGGUGAUCCAGCAAAGCGAUGCUGAGCCUUCACACCGGGAGGGGGUCGGCUAAGGACUGGUUCCGAGCUGCCACUGCCCUGGCCCGCGCCACUGCCCCAGCGGCAGCCGUUUGACCGUUGCUGAUGUAGGUGAAUACCUGCGCAGUCACCCCAGCCCCAAAGGAUCCCCACGAAAACAGCUACUUGUGACCCUCUGCACAGGACGGAUCACAGCUGAGGCAAAACCGGGAAGGCUUUGCCUUUGCUUGCGUGGCUGUUGCAAGAGUGGCCGUUCAAAGUGCUGGGGGUCAGAAUUACUUAAAGUAGCAGUGGAAUGUGGCCGUUUCACC